CUCACAUCAGUGCAUCUGUCAUUUUAUUAAUGAACCAGAGUUUGUCUUUUCAUAUUUGUGUACUGAAACUGUUGAAGAUGUUUCACCCUGUUUUGCUCUGCUUGUGUUUGUGGCGUUUGGUUGGUGCUACAGGAGUGGAGUUUGUGCCAGUGUUUAUGGGAGAUUCAGUCUCUCUGAACUCUGAUCUUACUAAAAUGAAGGAUGAUGAUGUGAUUCAGUGGUGGUUUGAAAAUAAAAACACUGUAAUAGCUGAAAUCAAUGUGACGGCCGACAGAAUCGCUGUAUAUGAUGAUGUUCAUGUUGGGACAUUCAGAGACAGACUGAAACUGGACAGUCAAACUGGAUCUCUGACCAUCACAAACACCACAACUGAACAUGAAGGAUAUUAUAAACUACUGAUAAACGGAGUGAGAAAGAAUUUCUAUCUCACAUUCAUUGUUGAAAUAUCAGUGACGGAGGGAGAUUCAGUCACUCUAAACUCUGAAGUAAAUGAUGAUGUGAUUCUGUGGAAGUUUGGAACUGAAAACACUUUAAUAGCUGAAAUCAAUGAAACGGCCAAAAGAAUCGCUGUAUAUGAUGAUGUUCUUGAUGGGAGAUUCAGAGACAGACUGAAACUGGACAAACAAACUGGAUCUCUGACCAUCACAAACACCAGAACUGAACAUGCUGGACAUUAUAAACGAUUGACUGGACCAGCACCAUUUAUAACACCAUUAUUAAAUAUAUUCAGUGUUUCUUUCUAUGCUCAUCUCCCUGUUCCUGUCAUCAGCAGUAACUCUUCACGUACGGCAGUGCUGAUAUUAGUCGAUGUCAGCGCUGAUAUUAGUGUUUAUUGA